AUGAGUAUCUUGAAGUUGAGAGACUGGCUCCUAAGCGUCUCCGAAGUCGAAUAUCCAACCCCGCAGACUGUAGAAAGAUCGGCUGAAGACGGUUUACCUGUCGCUAUCAAGAUGGCCAGCAACUUUGUAGGUCCUUCGGCGAUGGGUAAGUCGUUCUUCGCGGCGGGUGCUGAAGCAGACGUUGGACGUGGAAUGACGCAGAAAAGAAUGAGGCAGGGCUGGCGUGUCGCAGUCACAAUUACGCACACGCACGCCACGAAGCGGCGCUAA